AUGCAAGUUUCUCAGCACAGAGGAGCAUCGGCGAUGGAUGGGGAGGAGGCAGAACAACGGGGCAGGACACAGCAAACGAGCGCAAGGCAGGCAGGGCAGGAGGAGGAGGCGAUGGAGCAGAGGCGAGGGUCAGACGAGAAGCAGGAGGAGGUGAAGGAGGCGCGACGGCGGCAGCAGCGGGUAGAGGAAGAGCUAGCAAUUGCUCGUCAAGAAGCGGAAAGAUUGAGGCAGGAACUGAUGGCUCUCAAGGAGAAGGAGGUGGAACGUACUCGAAACGACAUCGAGUACGCCAACAAGCUGGGGGACGCGCAAAAGCGCUUGGGAGCAGCUACGGCAAGGAAUGCAAGGGCAGGGGGACUGAGGAAGGGAGAGGGAAGUGGAAGAGGAAUGGAGGGGAAGGAGGGAGAUGAGAAGCAUGUUGAUGUUCAUGCAGGCAAGGCAGCAGAUCCGCACGCUUUCAAACUUGCCGGACCUGGAGGACGUAGAGGAAGCAAACCAUCUAAGCAGCCAAGCUUGGAGAACGCUCUUGAGCGACUUGAGAGGGCCAAGAAGAAGUUGAACGAGAUGUCGGUGGGCGAGAAGGGGAAGACAAACUACGAGGUGUGA